GAGGAAUCACCAGAGAUUUUUAGCAUAUCUGAGGAUGUGGACGUUACUCCCAAGGAAAACCAGACACCGAGUCAGAGGCCUGAGGUGGAAGAUCAUGUGACUGAAGCCUUGGAUCAAUCUGAACAACUUACGAUGAACACUGCAGAUAUUGUUUUUUGUGAAUUUUGUAAUCAGAUCAGCCUUCCCUAUCCUUCCCAAAACAUGUUGGACUCCAAAGCGCCAGACGAGCUUUUUUGCUGCAACAUUUCCUGGAUGGUGUAUCAGCAAAUUCUGAAAGGCAGAGCAGAUAAUUCAGAUUACGUGGAUAUCGAUUCAGGGAAGACUACGUUUCACGUGACAGAUGAAGAGCUCAGUAAAGCCCGAGAGAAGCUAUCACAGAGGAUGAAGAAUACAGAAGUGGUGAUGUACAUGAGCUCUGUGGUGUAUGGAGACAAAGUGCUCUUCAGCCAUCUGAAGACCAUCUCAUACAGGCUGUCAUCAGAAUACUGCAAGAAACAGGGUUGGACGUUAAGACGUGGCUCUGUAACGAUUAAGCCUGAAGAUCUCUCGCUGUUCAUUCCCAGCGCACAGUCGUACAAGGAACCCAAGAGAUUGCUUGGACUUGCAGAGAAGUAUUACCGGGAUGGUACAAAGUUUGUCACUAGGUUCCCAGAUGGGACCGGCAAUGUUUUCUAUCCCUCAGGUAACAUCGCCAUAGUAACCUCGACUUUCCACCCAGGUCAGUUGGAAUACUUCAUCUUCCAAGACAUGGACUGGAAUGCCAAAAUCCUGGGCGUUUUCCGAUCAAAUGGUCACGGAACGUGCUACCUUCAGAAUGGGCUGAUUUGGAUCAACGUGAAUCCACUGAGAGGAUUGUACUUCAAUAUAAAGGGUCAGACUGUGAAACAGUGGCUGUGGCGGGAUUACAAUUAUCACGUGCACGCACCUCCAUUUCGGUCAAUAAACCUGGAAUUAAACUCUAACAUCACCAUCCGAUUGAUCUCCCGGGACCAGAUUUAUACGACAUUCAAGGCAAACAACAAUAGCAUAACAUUUAACAUGGGAGCAAAACUGGUGCUGAGAGACCUCGAACACUUCCACACGUUAGAAUCAAACAACAUCCCGGAAGAGAAAUAUCUCAAGGCCAUGAGGCAGAAAAUUCACACCAUCCUUCAGCAGAAGCAUUAAGUUGAACAACAAUCCCUUGAGAAAAGCUGACUGUGUCACCCCCAUCCACCAAGUUCCUGUUACCAUCUUCCCGCAUUGCAUCUGCAGAGACUAUGAAUUUGUCAGUGGUGAUUCUGAUGGCACAUAGCACAGCAGCAGAACUAAUGACCCCCAGAUAACUGCCUGUUCAAUUGCCCUCUACUUGAAUACCAUCAAUGAGAUUCAUGUCGCUGUCUGCUUACGCUAGACUAGAACCAGUGAGAUUCCUGAGUUUCAAGAUAAUAAAAUGUGAGGCUGGAUGAACACAGCAGGCCAAGCAGCAUCUCAGGAGCACAAAAGCCGACGCUUCGGGCCCAGACCCUUCAUCAGAGAGUUCCCAUUAUCUCAGACUCCUGAGUUUGAUGGCUGCUCUCUGACAAUUGUAGGAAUAGGUUUGAGAAAUUGUAGGCUACAAAUUGGAACUGAACGGGAUGCAAUGACACAUUUAUCCUGGUCAGCAAGUUUGCAGGUUGCACUAACAUUGUUAUUAGAACAGUGCAGCUGGAAAGGGCCCUUCGGUCUACAAUGUUGUGCCAAACCUGACACCAAAUUAAACUAUUCCCCUCAGCCUUGGCCUUGGCUCACAUCCUGCCAUUCCUUGCAUACUCAUGUGCUUCUCUAAAAAAGUUAACCGUCCCCACUGUAUCUGGUUCUACUGCCAUCCUUGGCAGUGCAUUCCAGACACCGAUCACUCUGUGUAAAAAUCACAUCUUGAAAACUUUGUCCGCCUCUCACCUUAACUGCCUGCCCCCUUGUAUUAGACAUUUCAACUCUCAGGAGGAGAGUUCUGACCGUCGAUCCUAUCUAUGCAUCUCAUAAUUUUAUAGACUUCUAACAGGUCUCCCCUCAGCCUCCACCACUCCACAGAAAACAACUCGAGUGUUUUUUAAGCCUAUUAAGGUUGGGAUUGCUGGUGUACGUUUUUCUGCAAGAAAAUGUGUGUGUUUGUUUAAGCAGCGAAUGGCAUUUAGCCUAUAUAACUGGAACAUCAUGUGUAUCAGUUAAUCCAGUAUAGAAUAUACUCACCACAGGCAGGCAAGCAAGUGAUCAGAAAGUUGUUCUGAAAAGCAGCCCACAUUUUUUUUUAAGCAGAUUGCCAGCUCAUGAGUGAUGCAGAAAGGCUGGGUGCCUUUGGGUUGUAUCUAUGGGACCAUUCAUUGUACAGAGAUCGGCUAAACCACUUUGGGAGGGCUGUAUCCAGUUUCGCUUCCCCCACAAUUAAAAAAGGGAGACUGAUUUUCACAUAGCACCUUUCACAAUCUUAGGAUACUCCAAUUCAUAAGUUUUUUUUAAGGGUAGUUGCUGUUGAGGCAGCCUCCAUACACAGCGAGCUCUCACAGACUGCAAUGCGAUAGACCAAAAAGUCUUUGUGAUGUAGAUUGAUUGGUCAGUACACUGAGGACAACUUCCCUGCUUCUCUUUGAUAUCACUGAAAAGGGUGGUCAGAGCCUUCGUUUAAUACUGCCUUCAAGCGAUGGCACCUCUGCCAGUGUAGCAUUCCCUCAGUCAUGCACUGAAUGGACAGCCUGCUCAGAUGUUUGGACUUGAGACCACAACCUUCACACAGAGGUGAGAGUGAUAAAGCCAGAAGAAUGAUAUUGAGCUUUAAGGACCUCAGUGACUUACACAGGAUUAAGUAUUUUGGAUUGACUUUAUUUAUCCAUAAGGUUAUUCCAGGUUGAGAGAUGACAGGAGUCUAGGGUACAUGCAAUUAAACACUGUAUUACUAAACAUAGGCUAGGAGUAUUUCUUUUUCCAGAAAGUACGUAGUGUAUGCUGCAUCUCUGCAUGCCUUCAAUAGAAAGUGAGGGUGGUUGGUAGAAAUCGCACUACUUGAAGAGGUGAAUGAUUUACCCAGCAUUAAAACCAUGGAGACAGCCACUUUCAGACCUCAUCAUGAAGUUGGUGCUUGCAGCUAUACGUUCCAUUAACAUGGUUGAAAUUGUGAAUAGGGGAAUUAUUAUAGAUAGGCUUUGGAUACAGCCUCGUGACUUUCUGGGAGGCAGACAUCAUGACUUCCCUUGAGAGGGUGGUGGUCAGCUACCAUCAUGCCCUGCUACAGCUUGUGUGGUGCAGCUAGACCUACAGGGGGUAAGGUUCCCACAUUUUAACCCUAUGACUGUGAAGUGACAGAAUUGAGGGGAACUUGCAGUGUUUCCAUAAGACAUCACCAGUCCAGCAGAUGUCAAAGGUGCCAUUGACAGACCCAUCUUUCUUUGUAAAAACCAAAAGAACUGCAGAUGCUGUAAAUCAGGAACACAAACAAAAUUUGCUGGAGUAGCUCAGCAGGUCUGGCAGCAUCUGUGAAGGAGAAAACAGAGUUAACAUUUCAGGUCCAGUGACCCUUCCCUCCUCAGAACGGUUCUGAGGAAGGGUCACUGGACCUGAAACAUUAACACUGUUUGUGUUAGGGGUUUGUGAACCUGGAAAAUCCUCUACUACUGAGGACUGUGAAACUCAGUGAAGACUGACUGAUUUUUGAUUACCAAUGUGUACAGGGUUCUGGGGACAGUGUGAACAAAGGGCAGGGAAGUGCUCGAUGGGUCGAAUGGCCUCCUGAGGAGCAAAAAUGGGCAGGACUUUGGGUUUGUUUCUGCCUUGUUGGCAGUUCGGUGCCAGCAUUGUGACUGUUUUGCAACUGAUAAGCUAAACAGUUCAGGAACACAAGUUUUCAGUACUAUUGCUGGGAUAUUCUCAGGGUCUAAACCCAGCAUCUCAGCCGUUUCCUCAGUAUUAUACGGACUACACUGAAUUGGCUAAAGCCUGGCAUCUCUGAUUUUAGGGACCAUUGUGGGGGUAUGGGGGAGAUUAAAACUGGGCAUUGAUGAGGUGCUCAUGGGCUUCAGAUGCAUAACAUUGUACAUCACCACUGCUUCAAGAUGGAUCAUCUACUUAGUAUUUUUAACUUUUUGUUUUGAAACUCACUGGCUGCUGGGGGUGUGCAUGAAGUCUUUUCUUCCCAUUAGUCUACCAACAUCCAUGAGACAAAUGUGGCAGGGCAGUGGAGUUUUGAUGGUAAUGGGAUGGCUUAGCUUCAGCAGCUACUGCAUGGCCA